CAGGCUAGCUGCUCGCGUGCUUUCUGUUGUGUCGCGUUUUUGUUGAUGUUGCGCGUCUGUUGAGCCCGGCCUCUGCUGAUACGCGAGAUACGAUUGGAAACUCCUUGGAUUGUUACAAAUCCGUCACCACACCAACCACGGAGCAGGCACAACUGGACCAAGAAAUGGCUGCGAAAAAAAAACAUAUUUUUGAUUGUGCAAAAAUAUACAAAGUUCACUGCCGAGUGGUUCGUCCGAUCAGUUAUUCGUCGAACGUUAAGCGAGAAACAUCGUGAUACAUCCAACAUUUUUUUCUGUUUGCUAAGUAAAAGCAGCAUACCUGAGUACCAGUGAAAAAGAAAAAGAAUUUCUUUUCUAGGAAAUACUCCAGUGAGAUAAGCAUCUUGAAAGUAUAUGUGGUUUAGGAAAUUGAGAAUUUCAAAAUUGACUCGUAAGAGCUCACUAUUCGCGAAGCAGUGAUAAAUGAAACGACGUGUAACCUACCAAAGGUAAAAAAGGUACAAGAAAACUGUUGUUGAUAAAAGUCUACUGGUGGCGAUUCAAGAGAAGCAGUACUGCGUGCAAAAAGAAACCAGGAUAAUUAUUAGCUGAAACGAUCAGAAAUCUACAGCCCAGCAGAAAACGUGCGAUAAGAAUAAAGAACAUCUUCUGUUGCUAUAGAAUGACGUCAUCAAUGUUGAUUGAAGAUAGUUGCACGGCCCGUAAGCUAAGGCAAGAAGAGUACAUCCGAGAGCUUACCAAAACAUUCACUGGAAUCGAGAAACCUCUGAAAAACGCACCGACCUGUGAAACAUUAUCCCAGCUUAUCAGUGAGUUGCACAAAGCCUUCUCAACUGAUCACGUGAACAUUGAAUACGUUAAUCAUCUGAUGCUGAGCUACAAGUCCAAUCCCACAGAGUGGCGAAAGUUUGCUAAGUUCGAUCGUUUUAGAUAUACUCGGAAUCUGGUAGAUGCAGGAAACGGAAAGUUCAAUUUGAUGAUUCUGUGCUGGAAUGAAGGUCACGCUUCCGCUAUCCAUGAUCAUGCAGAUUCCCACUGCUUCAUGAAAAUGCUGAAAGGAUCGCUGUGUGAAGUUCGUUACGCUUGGCCCAAGGAUACGGCGCUAAUAGAAGACGUUCCCGCGGAUAUUGGUAACGGCAAUGAUUCAAUGGAAAAAGAAUACAAUGGCAACGAAUUAGAAGAAAUAUCUCGUACUACAUUGGAAACAAAUGGUGUCUGUUACAUCAAUGACACUCUCGGGCUACACCGCGUUGAGAAUCCUAGUCACGCGGAUGUUGCUGUAUCGUUACAUCUGUACUGCCCGCCAUUUGAUACAUGCUCGGUUUUCAAUAAACAGACUGGCAAAAGAACUAAGUGCAAAGUUACUUUUUGGAGUAAAUAUGGCAAGCGAGAACCCCAGAUCAACUAGAUAAACGCUCAGAUUGUUCAUGAAAUGUGAAGCUUUUGAAGCUAUGUAACAACGAGUGAGAUUUUAAAAGAUUAAUCAUUCCAAUUUUACUAUACUUUUUUGAAUAAGAAAUAAAAAUAUUCAGAGAUUUAUGAUACUAAUGGUGAUAAGUACACAAAUCAUUCAAAAACUAUAGUUAAUAAUUAUUUCUUUCAUAAAUAAAUAAAUGAUGAAAUUUUACACACAAGUGUAGUCUAUUGAAGUUCAAUAAUAAAUUAGAAGUACACUAAUUGUA